AUGCGUCGGUGUACUGAGCAGCAGCGAUUAUGCCAACAGAGAUGGAGCUCCCACUCGCCCCUGGGCACAGCGUUAGAUCCCUCGAGAAAGAAAGUAACCCUAGGAACCCUCCAGUCUAUGUACAAAAAGGGGGAGCCUAUCACGUUUAUAACAGCCCAUGACUUUCCAAGCGCACACGUUGCAGAUGCAGCUGGAAUUGACGUGAUUCUUGUUGGGGAUAGUCUAGCAAUGGUCGCUUUAGGAAUGGAAGAUACUAGUGAAGUAACCGUCGAGGACAUGCUGUUGCACUGCCGAUCGGUCGCUCGUGCUACCAAAGCAGCCUUCACAAUUGGAGAUCUUCCCAUGGGGUCAUAUGAAAUCUCACCAGAGCAAGCGCUAGAAACAGCCAUCCGAUUCAUUAAACAUGGUCGUGUUCAGGGUAUCAAGUUAGAAGGAGGAGCAGAGAUGGCGCCGACCAUUGCGAAGAUAACAAAAGCUGGUAUACCCGUCCUAGCCCACGUCGGGCUCACGCCCCAACGCCAAGGAUCCCUUGGUGGAUUUAGAGUCCAAGGGAAAACAUCCAAAGGUGCAAUGAAAGUCCUCGAAGAUGCAUUAGCUGUCCAAGAAGCUGGGUGCUUCGGUAUGGUACUGGAAGCAGUUCCAGAAAAAGUCGCAAGCGUUAUCACGCAGAAGCUGCGCGUUCCAACCAUCGGGAUCGGUGCGGGAAAUGGUUGUUCUGGGCAGGUCCUUGUCCAGGUAGACAUGACUGGCAACUUUCCACCCGGCCGCUUCCUUCCCAAGUUCGUCAAGCAGUACGGCAACGUGUGGGCUGAAAGCCGUAGGGCUAUUGAGUCCUAUAGAGAGGAGGUAAAAGCACGUCAAUACCCAGGACCAGAGCAUACAUAUCCUAUCCCCGAAGGCGAACUUGAGGCUUUCAUAAGAGAUGUCGAAAAACUAUGA